UUUUUUAUUCUGAUUCUCUUCCAGUAACCAAUAAUGGAAGAAAACGAUGCCCCCCCCGCUUGUUCGGUCCAAUAUGAUUGGAUUUCCCUGGGUUCAGACUUAACAGACCUGAUCCUCUCCUACCUUCCUAUACGAUCCAUCGUCAGAGCUAGCGCUGUCUGCAAGCUCUGGCGCUCCAUCGUCACCUGCCCAUCAUUCUCCACCCGGGUCUCCUUGGCCAAGAAGCCCUGGUUCUUCCUCUUUGGUCAAAACAGUAUCUUCAUCAAGAACAACCAGGCCUUCGCCUUCGACCCAGAAGCCAACGAAUGGAUCCGCCUCCCUUCCAGCCUCUGCCCCAGUCCUUGUCAAGAAGAAUCCUUCCUUGGCUCCGGUGGUUUCUUCUUCACCACCACCUCUUCCACUACUUCUCGCUUCAGCUACUCCCCUAUCCUCUGCGGUUUAUGGCGUGAGACCUCGCCGCUCAGGUUCUCUCGUUGUAAUCCCCUCGUUGGUGUCUUCGACGACGAGUCUGGUAUCUCUCGGUUCAUCGUCGUCGGUGGAGUCAGAUUCAUUGGUGGCCUUGUCGACAUCGAGGACCGCUUGGCCGUCGAGAUCUACGAUCCUAGGAUCGACACCUGGGAGCUUUGCCCUCCAUUACCGGCGGAUUUCAGAUCUGGAAACUCGUCUCAGUGGCUCACAUCUGCUCUAUUCAAAGGCAAAUUCUUCGUCUUUGGCAUCUACUCCUGUUUCAUUUCCUCCUUCGAUCUGAAGUUUCAUUUAUGGAGCGAAGUGCAGACGCUGAGGCCACCUGGGGUGAUGUUCUCGUUUUUGCUGGCUUGCACGGACCAGCUUGUCCUCGCGGGUCUCUGCAACACCCCAAGAGCCCCAUCGUUUAAUCUGUGGAGGGUCGAUGAGGAGACUAUGGAGUUCAGUGAGAUUGCGAUCAUGCCUCAGGACUUGCUGAAUUGCUUGUUUGAUAGUGAUGAGGACGAGAAAUUUGCAAGCUUGAAGUGUGUGGGAUUGGGGAAUUUGAUCUAUGUGUUCAAUGAAGAGCAUCACAAGAUAUACCCAGCUUGUGUUUGUGAAAUUAACAGCAACUCGAAUAAAUGCAUCUGGAGAAAGUUACCAGAUUUGCCGGCACCGGUGAAUCGGUUUCACAAGGUCAUUAGCUUCUGUUCUCAGAUUCCGCUUCACAGUGUUCUCAGGGAUGAAGAGGACGGAGAAGAGAUGCUAGGCUGAGCUAAGAAAAUUGGGUGGCUCUC